UUGUUUUUUUCAGACUGCUCUGCAAUGACUACAGCAAGAUACAGGCCUACCUGGGACUUGGUACUUGACCCUUUGGUGUCCUGUAAACUCUGUCUUGGGGAAUAUCCCGUGGAACAGAUGACAACAAUAGCACAAUGCCAAUGCAUCUUCUGUACUCUGUGCCUGAAACAGUAUGUGGAACUUUUGAUCAAAGAAGGUCUAGAAACAGCAAUUAGUUGCCCUGAUGCUUCCUGCCCAAAACGAGGUCAUCUACAAGAAAAUGAGAUUGAGUGUAUGGUUGCAUCAGAAAUCAUGCAAAGGUACAAGAAGCUACAGUUUGAAAGAGAAGUGCUUUUGGAUCCAUGUCGGACUUGGUGUCCAUCUUCUGCCUGCCAGGCAGUUUGCCAACUACAAGAAUCAGGGCCUCAAAAUCCCCAGCUGGUCCAAUGCAAAGCUUGUGACAUAGAGUUCUGCUCAUCUUGUAAAUCCAAUUGGCAUCCAGGACAAGGCUGUCAAGAGAAUAUGCCAAUCACCUUCCUCCCAGGAGAAACAAGUUCUAUGUAUAAAAUGGAAGAUGAUGAUGCUCCCAUCAAACGCUGUCCAAAGUGCAAAGUUUAUAUCGAGCGAGAUGAGGGUUGUGCCCAAAUGAUGUGUAAAAACUGCAAACAUGCCUUUUGCUGGUACUGUCUGGAAUCUCUUGAUGAUGAUUUCCUCCUUAUACAUUAUGACAAAGGACCUUGUCGAAACAAGUUAGGUCACUCCAGGGCAUCUGUUAUCUGGCACAGAACACAAGUGGUGGGAAUCUUUGCGGGAUUUGGUCUACUGCUAUUAGUGGCCUCGCCUUUCCUUUUACUUGCUACCCCAUUUGUCCUUUGCUGCAAGUGCAAAUGUAAUAAAGGAGAUGAUGACCCUCUACCUACCUAG